UUUCUAGAUUGUACACGGUAGUAAAGCGUCGGAAUUUGAGUGCCCAUAGGGAAAAUCGCUAUCGCACCGUAGAAGGCUGACGAAAAGUGUGAAAAUUGUUCACCUUUGACCCCCUUGGACUGAAUAGAGUGAAUCAUCGUGGGGUAGCUUUGAAGGAAUGAAGGCUUGCAUAGCUCGGAAAAUAGAUGUACAGUGAAUCCUCCGUGAGCUGAAGUGAUUAUUUCGCUGUAUUAAGGAUCAUAAUAAUCACAUAUAUGCAGAGGAUUACGACUCUUAUGUUUGUAUCACGGAGGUUUCACUUGGAUUAGUGGGAAAAGUGGUGCACGUUUGCCGUCACCUUAGCUCGUUGCAUGAAUGUGACGUCGCUGUGAAGAAAAAGCAAACCAGGAAAUACACACAGACAAAAGGAAGCCGCACGUUAUCGAGUGGGACGUGGAAGUGAAAAGCCGCAAAGUACACAUUAAGUGGCCAUAUUUUUCCAACCCUAACUGGAUAUAACUGACCGCUCUGCCAACACCGGUUCAACAAAAAUGAUUCACACCAAAAGCACGAUUGUGGCAUUGCUUCUGACAGUAAUCCUAUCCAUAUCACUUGAAAGCAAUAGUGCAGCCCCUGCAUCGCCAGCAACAGAACCUACACUUUUAACACAAGCUACUGGAAAAAGUAUAGAACCCGAUAGCAUAGACGAAGAAGUACUUGAACUUGAGCAUUUGAAACAUCCUCCACCGCAGCCAAGUGGAGGCGCCAACACCAAAGAGGAAAUUCUCCCUCAGCUGGAAAAGCAACUGGAAGAGGAAGCUCAAGCGUCAGCUUCGAUAACCACAUCAGAUGAAGACGCUGAUGGAGCUGACAACGACGACGAUGACGCUGAUGAUAACGAUGACGAUAAUGAUGACGACGAGGACGAGGAAAGUAACGACUACUCUGAAAAGUUGGCCAAGGCUUCGGAGAGCAUGCUACUGAAAACGUUAGCCGAAUAUCACAACCAGCAACGCCAAGAACUAGAAGCAGCUCAGCACCAACAGCACCAUACUCUGCCGGUCGGGGGCGAUACCAACAAACUUGACUCGGCUGACGAGAACAUGAAACUAAUGAAGUUAUUGCCAGGAGCAGCGCGCCUCACAUUUGGUCAACGGUAUAGUUUAGAUGGUACGACAACCACGUCACCGACUCCAAAAACUACUCCACGUUCACAGCCUGAAGAAAUUCCCAACAACGAGGAUGAAGUUUCUCCGCACACAAACAACGGCCAUCGACGAGGAGAUAAUGCUGAGAUAUUGUUGCGACAUAGUGGUGGUCAGUAUUCGGCUUUCGACAUGUCCCAAUACGUAUUUUGGACUGGAGAUGAAGCUGGUGUUGCACGUGCCGUCGAAGAGCUGAUUCAAAAAGGCCUGAUGACUCGUGAAAAUGCAAUCAAGUUUUUACGAGAUAUUCGUCUUGGUAUAGAUUACCUUCAGAAUACAUAUUCAAGUCAUCCCCUAAAAUCGUCUGAGAGGCAUUUGAACAUUGAAAGUGGCAUCGCAACCAGUACCACUGGAAGUACCGUAACUGAAGAACCUACUACCGUUGCGACGCAUACAGAACCAUCGAUAAUCAGCGGUGCAACGGGACAACCAGCAACACUAGCACCAGAAAUACUUAAGGUCAUCGAACGGUUGCCGAGUCUUCUGAAGCUGAAUGAGCUUAGCGAGCAAAGAGAUUCUACACAGGAUUAUGACGACGUGGUAGGAAGACUGCGCUUGGCUGAUUUUCUGUACGCCGAAUACUCGCUAGAGGAGGUUAUAUAUCAGCUUGCAAAAGUUAUGUUUACUCAAUCACUGACACGUGGUUCAGAGCCCGCCCAGCACGCUUUGCAGAAGCUGACCGAGUUUCUCGAAUCAGAAGGCAGCCAUGGACGUAUUUCACCCGUGCUCCAAAAGAAGAUUCUUGACGUCCUAUUGGCUGCUCUUGCUGACACGCUCGCUGAAAAUCCCGAACUUUUGAAAGCGGCGCGAACUGCACUCGGAAAGCAUAUGGAUAAGAUUCCUCAAAGAAUCGCCCAUGAUAAUCACUAAGCUGUGAGAUGCUCUUUGCACAACAUGUGGAUCUGUUACCAGCCUUGGAUUUAAUCCCAAAAGAAAACAAGGAUUAUGUUGACUCUUUUUAAUACUUGAACUU